AUGCUCUACUCAACAACGGCUUGUCCCAUCGGGAAAUCGCUCGUCAGACGGGUCGCUCAAGACGAACAAUUGACCGUUAUGCAAGGAAUCCGCAAGAAUACGGCACAGCAAUACAUUCUGGACGGCACAGGCUGCUAUCGGUUCAAGCUGAACGAGACGUCUGUCGAAAAGCAUCAAACUCUAAAAAGUCCGCCAACCAAAUCAGAUCCGAAAUUCCUGAAAACGUCUUGAAGAACACCAUCUUACGAACAAUUCAUCGGUCCUGUCGACUUGUGAAUACUCCAAUGAAGGCAGCAACUCGUCUACAGCAACGCCAUAUGAAUGAACGGCUCCAGUUUGCACGCUCUAACAUGGCCACGGAUUGGAAUAAGGUCUCCAUUUUUUCUAUCACCUUAUGAUAGGGACCGCAAAGCCACGCCCCUUUUCGCGAUAGAAAAAGUGGCUUUUUUUUGGUUUUCAACUUUCAUUUUGAUGUAGUUGUAAAAUAUGUGGAACUGGCAAAUAAAAUUUGACACACUUGUACAGAAAAGCUUCCUCUUUCGUUUAAAAAAUAUUUCACGCUUUUUUGAUGCGUUCGCGCGGAAUGUCGUACAAAAAAACGUGAAUGGAACUAAAAAAAUUUUGUCAUUUUUUUGCUUUUUUUCAUGUGUUUUUCAGGUCGAACGCACUCUUUCUUUUUUUAAAUAAUGAUUUUUGAUUCAAGUAACGAAAAAUUUUUAAAACAAUAAAAUAAAAAAAUUCGUCUUUGCCAAAAAAAUUUUUAGGGAGCGCCGAAAGUCAUAAUUCAAAAUAUCGUUAAUAAGCGAAUAUAAUCAAGUUUUUUUGUUUUUUUAAAAAUUUAGAUCAUGGCCUUACUUAAAUUUUUUUCUUCACAGUAUCUGUGCUUGAAAUAGUUGUUUAAUACGCAAAAAAAUGCUCUUGAAACUAGAGAAUAAAAUUAGCGGCGUUUAUCACACAGAAAGCGGUCGAACGCAGGUUUUUUUAAACGAUUAUAUACAUUUAUUAGUAAAAAAAUCUUUCAAUUAAAAAGAAUAAAAUAAAAAAAUUCGUCUUUGCCAAAAAAAUUUACGGGGCCGUUUUAAUGCAGCGAUCGUUAAACGAGGCAAAAAAAGCACUAAAAAAACAGUUUUUUUCGAAGUGAAUUUCCACGAACCGUUUGAGUAAAGAUUUGCAAACAUAUUCUGAUAAAAAAAUAGCUAAAUUACUUCAAGUUUUUUUCUUUUUGAAAUAGACAAUCUGUGCUAUUCAAACGGCUCAAGGGUAUGGCGGAUGGAAGCUCCCCGCGUUGGACCUAACAGCUUGGCGCAACGCGUGCGCUCCGAUUUUACAUUUUGAGGUAGCGAGUUCGAUGCCCGCAAGCGGCAGUUUUUUUGUUUUUCUGGAAAAUACCGACUUUUUUUCGACAAACUAGCUGAUUAGCAUCAUUUUAGCACUCUAGUAUGAUUUGUUACAUCAUAAUAGACCAGUAUCAAAAUUUGUUCUAGAAGAAAAAAAUCGAAAAAAAUGUCAAAAAAAUGGAUAAUACCAAAAAUUUCAGUACUAAAAAAAUGGUGCGCGGCGCGCCACCUUUUCCGUCAUAACUUUUUUCAUCCUCAAUCUUUUUUGAAAAACUAAACGGUUCUGAGUUUUGAAUCGAAACAGCUAUCGAACCAUACAAAGCUCAAUGCUGAAAAAAAUUUUUUGAAAAUUCGUCUGCGGUCCCUAAGCCUUAUGAUUUCCAAUUUUUCUGUUCAGAUCAUCUUAAGCGACGAUAAGAAGUUCAACCUUGAUGGGCCAGAUGGGUACGCUCACUACUGGAGAGAUUUGAGGAAAGAUCCGAUGUGCUUCUCCAAGAGAAACUUCGGCGGCGGCAGCCUCAUGGUCUGGGCGGCUUUCUGCGGCAACGGGACGGUAGCUCUUUCUUUUAUUGGGACCAGAACGAAUCAGCAAGACUACCAGCAACUGCUUGCCCAGCAUCUCCUGCCCUAUCUCCGUCGCCGACGACGUGCUAAUAUGAUUUACCAACAAGACAAUACAUCUGUUCACGCGAGCAACUACACAUUGGCUUGGUUUGCGGCCAAUAACGUGGUUCUUCUGGACUGGCCCGCGUGCACUCCUGACCUGAACCCUGUAGAGAAUUUAUGGUCAGUCCUUGUACGAAGGGUCUACGCAAAUGCCAAGCAGUAUACAACGGUCAAAGAUCUGAAAAGAGCGAUUCGUGCCGAGUGGGAUGGUUUGGACAAGUCACUGCUGCAAUCACUCGUUGGCAGCAUGCCGAACAGGAUUUUCGAAGUCGCUCAGAAACAAGGAGGCAUCACACAUUAUUAAUUAAUCUUUUUUGUUAUACUUUGUUGACUUUGUGAAAUGAAUUUUUGUUGAUUACUUAUAGUGGGUCUAUAAUUCUGGGUCGGUCAAAAAAAUCAGAUUUUUCUCGUAUCUUGAAAAAAACUUUUUCAACUGGGUGAUUGAUAAUUAUGAUAUGAUUAUGUUCCUUAUCAACAAGGUUUAUCACAAAAAAAGUUUGGUGGCUCAAAGUUUUUCAAUCUUUCUUAAAAUCGCAGAAAUUAGGGUGGGUCUAUAAUUAUGGGUCGCAGUGUAUGGGCAAGAAAAGUGGUUCCUAUAGGUUUUCAGGAUCUGACCCCUAUGACCCUAGAGCUUAAGUGUCCUCUAUAGGGGUUUUUCAACUUAAUUUUAAAACACUUCUUUAUUUAAUGUUCCACAUGGAGGUGCUUUUUCGCAUAGAACACAUAAGAAUUGUCGACUAGCUUGUCCCCUAUAGGGACCACUAACUAAAUCCCUAUAGGGACAACUUUUGCAACCUUGAGUGACUCCUAUAAGGGUUGGUAAAGUGGUCCCUAGAGGGGAUCCUUCGAGAGACCUGAGAUUUAGGAAAAAGGGAACUACAGUAACCUACGCCCUAUCCAAUGAAUCACGUUUGAAAAGAGAGAUAAAAAUUGAUCUUUUGGAUUCUUUUCCAUUUUUUUCUAAAUUAUUUGAGAAUUCUUAUUUUCCUUGGGUAAUGAUCGCUUAGACAUCAUUGUUGGGUUGAUUGAACGAGGAAAAAGUCAAGAAGAUUUUGAAAGUGAUGGUCUUUUCAUUCCCUAAAAACUAAAUUUAUCAUGUUUGUUGAAAGAAAGUCUGUAAGUGGUCCCUUAAGGCAAUAUUAUAGACCUGUGUCUGGUUCCUGAGUGAUCUCUGAAAUAGACGAAAACAUGUUUUGUUACUCUAACUCUGAAACAUUUCUCUACAGAUCGUCGCGGUGUUGGUUCUGGGCCUGGAGAACAUCUACUGCAUGCAUCUGCGGAAACCUCUGCAGAAGCUCGACCCGAGGGGCUGGUGUGGAAUCAUCAGCAUGGUGGGCACAUCUAGACGUAGACUACAAUGGAUCCAAAAGAGCAACCGAAAAGAUGAUGAUAAACGGAGAGAAAAAAGGGCAACGGAGAUGUUUUUCUGUGGGAUUUCCCCGUGAAAAAGUGGGUCGGUCGCCGGUUGGACUCUCUUUCGACGUCACGCAAUUUGAUCUGUUUUGAGAUCAGCAUUAACUACGGAGCUUGACAAGUUUUCCGACGAGAUCACGUGGCGUUCCGAAAAAAAAAAGACCCGCCGAACAAACAAUCGUGGUGACGAAACAGGCUUUGGCUAGCAUGAAAAGUGAUCCGUAGAUGCGAUACUGUAACUACUCGGUUGACUUUGAGUCAUUAAGUGAUCACUAAAGUGAUAUGAGGGCCUUCUUUAGGUCGAAUCGACUUCUUAAGCGCGAGUGGAGUCAACUUGAAGUUGAAGAAACCGAAUUUUUCGAGAAAAGGAAAGUUGGAAUCUUGCGAGAAAACUCUACAAUAGAUAACUCGCUUCUAGUGCCCUAAGAAAACUUUUUCAGUGGAAAUGAGAAAAAAACUGCAAAAACACGAAACUUGGCAAGGCUUUUAGAUGUAAGACGCUCGUUAAUUUGAAAAUAUAUACCCAGCUUUGAUUUUUCAAAAAGUCUGAGAUUCAAAAGAAAUGAAAAAUUCAUAAUAGAAAAGGUUUCUAUAUUCCAGACAAAAAUAAUUUUUUUCAAUUUUUUUCUAUACCAAAAAAACAAUUUCUAACCUCAUUUUUUUGACUUCUAUACUUAUCUCACAUAUUUAAUUCGGCCAAAGAGCUUUUCAUGAGAAAUAACUUGAAAUUUCAAACUUUGAAAGUUAAACUCCAAAAAAUAUUAUCGAAUGUUUUGAAUCAGGCAGGAUAUCGUCUUGAAAUCAGCCACUUUCUAAAAAAAUGAACUCAAUGACUUUCCAGGCAAUGGGCAACUCCCUGUCUUUCCCUGAAGCAGUGGGUCGAGUUCAAGAGUGGCGAUCCAGAACUCAGUCUCUGGCCAGCAACACUUCACCUCAGGCGAAACGACGCUCUUUCAGCAUGUAAUUUGAACACAAAAUAAUACAUUUUUAUAUGAACUUUUCCAGAAAAAGGCUAUCCAUGUCGACGAAGCCGCCGACGACGUCUACAAACUCGAAAAAGAACCAAUUUUUGGAAGUUGAAACGAAUAUUUGA